ACUUUACAACAGGAAAUGUAAAAAUAACAAAAUCAUUAAAAAUAAAAUAAAAAUCAAACAACACAUGUGGCGUAGUGUGUUUAUUGAAUUCUUUUGUGUGAAAUAAAACAUCAUGAAUCUGUUUAGUGACAUUAUGCUAUUAUAAUAAUGUACUAAUACGCAGUGCUAUUCAGGAAAUGAACUAAAAGUUCUCUGUUUCAUUGCGAUUCUUAAUUUAAGUGUUGUGAAUAAUGUUUCGGAGUAGAAGUUGGUUUGGGGGUGGAUGGGGUCGUCCUAAAAAUCCCCAUUCCUUGGAGAGAUUAAAAUAUCUUCACAAUAUUUUAUGUAAGAAUACAACUGUUUCGGAGAGCAAUCGUGGUAUUUUAGUGGAGUCCUUGAGGUGCAUUGCCGAAAUUUUAAUAUGGGGUGAUCAAAAUGAUAGUUCUGUGUUCGAUUUUUUCCUAGAAAAGAACAUGUUGUCAUAUUUCCUUAAAAUAAUGAGGCAAAAGUGUGGUGGAUCUUCAUAUGUUUGUGUGCAGUUAUUGCAGACUCUCAAUAUUCUAUUUGAGAAUAUAAGAAAUGAAACCUCUCUUUAUUAUUUAUUAAGCAACAACCAUGUAAAUUCCAUUAUUGUACAUAAGUUUGAUGUUUCUGAUGAGGAAGUGAUGGCAUACUAUAUAUCCUUCUUGAAAACUCUGAGUUUGAAACUAAAUAAUCAUACCAUUCACUUUUUCUAUAAUGAGCAUACAAAAGAUUUUCCGCUAUACACAGAAGCAAUAAAAUUCUUCAAUCACCCAGAAUCUAUGGUUCGUAUAGCUGUGCGGACUUUAACAUUAAAUGUGUAUAGGGUACAAGACGCGAGUAUGCUUCGUUUUAUUAGAGAUAGAACUGCAGCGCCAUACUUCAGUAAUCUAGUGUGGUUUAUCGGUAAACACAUAUUGGAAUUAGAUGCUUGUGUCAGGAAUGAUGCUGAAUUACUUCUUUUCAGCCAUCAAUCACAACAGAAACUUGACGACUUAGUUGCAGAACAUUUGGACCAUCUGCAUUACAUUAACGAUAUUCUAUGUCUCAAUAUCCCUGAUUUAAAUGAUGUCCUAACUGAGCAUCUGUUACACAAACUUCUCAUACCGCUAUAUAUUUAUUCUUUAACUUCCGCCUCUAUAAAACGUCCGACCACAUCGUCCCCAUAUAAUAGAGACCAUAUACAAAGUAUUGAAGUAAUUACACGCAAUCUUGAAGCCAUUCUAUCCGGUAGGAGCACAGACGUGCCGCCAAGAAUAAAGUAUCCCAUACAAAAAAUGGACUCCGAAGAAGAUUCCAAGCCAUCGGUAUCUUGCGUCGUUUCCUUAUUUCUUUUAUCGCAAGUGUUCCUAAUUAUAACGCACGGCCCUAUUGUCCAUGCUCUGGCCUGGAUUAUUCUACAAUCUGAUUUAUCUAUAUUCGAAGACGGGGCGAUGAAAAUAUUAGACUUGUAUAUCAGUAGUGCGAAGUCCAAUGUCAAAUUGGAGUUCUCGAAGCCCCAAUUGAGUUUAGAAAAGGCUUUGGAAUGUACUACGUGUCAUGAUAGGGAUUAUACAACGCCAGAAUAUAGUGGCGCUAAAGCGUUCGGCUAUGACACAGAUCAUUCCAGCUGUGACCUUGAUCCUGAGCUAGUAUCCAACUCUCUUCCGUCCACAUCGCAUAUAAGCGAAACUUCAAGCAUUGCUCACGAUUCUACAGAGGAUCUGGUCACGCAAAUACAUUCCCUAAAAUCGCCUACUGGUAAGGAAAAUAUGCCCGAUUCACCUUUACCAGAUUCUGGUAUCGAUUCGAGCUCUUCUAAAACUGUAUCUGAAUUUAAUAAUAUAACGGACGAGGAAAAACAACAAUUACUGGGUUCAAUGCCAAGUACGUCAACUGAAAAAGCCAUGACAUUAGAGGGGGUUAUUGAAAAGGAGAGUACAAAUGUAGAGAAAAAGCCAUUUUUGAAGACUGUUUUAGAUUCCUUGGAUUGCAGUGAGGACGAUUACAAAGCAUUAUUUGCAUUGUGUCUAUUGUAUGCUCUGAUUAACAAUAAAGUCGGAGUGAGCAGUGAGCUCUUGGACACAUUACUACGAUCUGAACUAGACGAUAGUGGUAAAGUGAUAGUGGCCAAUGAAAGUAGUCAAGAAGAAAGUAGUAGUACACAAGAAGGCACGCCUCAGCCGAUAAAAUCUAAAGACAGAUUCAAUGCUUUGUUAAUAUCCAAAUUGAUGUCUAUUGCGCAUCUUAGCUGCAAACCUGCAUCAAAAGUACGUCUAGUGACAUGCGAGUUAACGGUCCGUUUGCUCAAGAUAUCCAUGGAGGGGUCGGGGGGUAUAGCGAGCGCACGGCACCUAGCGGCCGCGGACAAUCUCAGAGCAAGAGCCGCUGCAUUAGCUAGGAACUUUUAUAAGUGUGACGAUAUAUUCUUGGACAUGUUUGAGGAUGAGUACUGUGAAAUGAGUAAACGUCCGUUAAAUGUGGAGUGGCUUUGUAUGGAUGCGGCAAUAUUGCUCCCUCCGACUAAAACGCCUAUGUCUGGAAUUGCCUUCGAAAAAAGACUACCAAGUGGCGAGAUGGAACGAGCUCGUCGUGCUAUCCGGACGUUCUUCCUUAUCCGAGAUUUGUAUCUAAAAUUGUCCGGAAAACAAGAAACUCAAUUGCCUUUGGCUAAUCAUGCGCCGUUCGUGCAAGUUGGCAAAACUUUAGAUCUCAAUGACUCCGACCUAAUAUCAUGUGACAUAAUACAAAAAGACGGCACAUGGCACCAUAGAUUCCUUGCCGUGGACAAUAUUCAGAUAAUACUAGUGGAGCCAGAUAAACAGAAGUUAGGCUGGGGAGUUGCGAAAUUAGUGGGCAGUUUGCAGGAUUUAGAGAUUACAGGCGACAAGGAUGACCCAAGAUGUCUACACCUAACCAUCCAUAAACCACGUGUAGGAGCGACUGGAGUAUCUCCUCGUACUGUUUUAUUACGGGCCAAGUUUAAGUUCGAUGAUCAUAUACGGAGUAUGGCGGCUAAACAGAGGCUUACUAAGGGCCGUACAAAAUCCCGUCAAAAGAAGAUGCAACAGAUCGGUCGGCUUCUAGAAGUUUCUGGAAUAUCAGCGCCCACUAUGGCGCCGCGACAUCGGCCGUUAUUCGCUAGACCCUCUUUGACCACUGUUCGGAGACAUUCGGGUAUAGAAGGCGAUGAUGCAGAAAGAAGAUUGCGUCGUCCAAGUGGGCACGUCCUUAAAGAUGGUAUUGUGGUCUAUCGAGAACGGACUACCACCAGCAGAGAGAGUAGUGUGUCACGAGGUAGCAGUGGGCGUGGCGGGUCUAGAGAAGGUUCGCCAAGAGCAAGGGAUGAAGAGAUACCGCUAGAGAAUAUACAGCGGGCGGCUGUUGUUGUGCCACAGAAUAUCCCAAGCACAUCGCAAACCCCUCGAGUGUCGCGAACCUCAUCAGAAGAAACUUCCUUCAUAUCGGGUGAGCCAAGACCCAAAAGAAAAGGCAUUAUAGAGACCAUUUGAUAUUAGCUACACACUAGAAAAUAAAUGAAUAUGGAAAAUCUAUGAAAAAAUAUGGAAGAGAUAUCGCCCUUUUCAGUAUUUUUGGGAAAGUCAAAAAUGUUAAAAUCCAUAAAGAUUUAGUGGAAAUUCAAGUUCGGUCGAAAAAAAAAUGCGUGGCGUUAAUAUAGAUUAAUUACGUUAAUAAAUUUAAAGUUAGAUAUUAAUAAUUGUACUGGCUGUUAUGUGUAACAUAUUUGAAAUAUCAUCUGAAAAUUGUUAAAACAGUCUAUACAAUUAAUAGUUAAUAU